AUCCAACAAGCUAAAUUGUUUAAGAAUGAUUUGUCUUACCAAAUUAGGUUUUAAUUUUUAUGCCUUAACAUUUCAGAAAUUGAUGUCUAAAUUGUCAACCAAAAAAUUUGGUGUUCAGGUGGCACCUACAAAAUCAAUUAGCAAAAUACACACAAUUAGUAAUUGCAAAGCAUAAAUAAACAUUAACAUUCGUGUUCCACUGAGCUUACACACACACUCUCUCUCUCUCUCUCUCUCCAAAUCUGAGGGACUCGACUGGGUUGCUAAAACACAGAAACCUAUCCCAUAACCGUAUUAAACAUCAAGCAUCCAAACGAAUACGCAUCGCUCUCCCCGAUCAAAAUCCCAACUUUCUUUUCCAUUGCAAUUCCACAAAUCUGCUGAAUUGGGCUCAGUUUUUUCUUGGGAUUUCUGGGAUCUGAUUGGAGGUGAAACUGUCCGGCUUCAUAUGGAUGUAUAUGGAUGCCUUUCUGGAGGCUGAGAGGUAAAGACUCUACAGUGGCUGGUUGAGCGGAGGAGAUAACAAAAUGGCUCCCAUAGCAAAGCUGAUAAGAAGGCGGCAGAUGCAGCCGCAUGGAUGUUCAAUGUCGUAACUUCCGUUGGGAUCAUAAUUGUCAAUAAAGCUCUAAUGGCUACAUAUGGCUUCAGUUUUGCUACAACAUUAACUGGUUUGCAUUUUGCUACGACAACUUUGAUGACGGUUGUUCUAAGGUGGCUGGGAUACAUUCAACCGUCGCAUCUACCUGUCUCUGAGCUUCUAAAAUUUAUGGUCUUUGCUAACUUCUCUAUUGUUGGAAUGAAUGUGAGUCUAAUGUGGAACUCAGUGGGAUUUUAUCAGAUAGCAAAGCUGAGCAUGAUCCCCGUGUCAUGUUUACUGGAAGUUGUUCUUGACAAGAUUCGUUACUCAAGAGACACAAAGUUGAGCAUAGGAAUUGUUCUCUUGGGAGUUGGUGUUUGCACUGUCACUGAUGUGAGUGUCAAUGCCAAGGGCUUCAUUGCUGCCUUUAUAGCUGUAUGGAGCACUGCACUACAACAAUAUUAUGUGCACUUUCUUCAACGGAAAUAUUCACUCGGUUCUUUCAGUCUGUUGGGACAUACUGCUCCAGCCCAGGCUGGAUCUCUUCUGUUACUCGGCCCCUUCCUUGACUAUUGGUUGACAAACAAGAGAGUUGAUGCCUAUGAUUAUAACUUUGGAUCUCUGAUGUUUAUAAUUCUUUCAUGCACAAUCGCAGUAGGCACCAAUCUCAGCCAGUUCAUCUGUAUUGGAAGAUUUACCGCUGUGUCCUUCCAAGUACUGGGGCAUAUGAAAACAAUUCUUGUUUUGAUCAUGGGAUUCUUUUUCUUUGGGAAGGAGGGUCUGAAUCUGCAUGUUGUUUUGGGAAUGAUCAUAGCUGUGGUUGGGAUGAUUUGGUAUGGAAAUGCCUCGUCUAAGCCCGGUGGAAAGGAGCGUUGGAGCCACUCUCUCCCUACAAGCAGGCAACAAAAACACGGUGGUUUUCCUGAAUCUACUGAACAUGACGGAAAAGUUUAAAUUCGUUCAGUUUAAGUAGAAAUGGCUGAUUUCAGGAAAUUCUUAAAUGAUUUGAGGUUACAAACCAAAAAUUUUCUGAUGAUUUAGCCUCCGAAUUUCGAUUUCUUGCCCUGCUAUUCAGUCCCUUUGGAGGAAUGGAUACAUCAAGAUAGGGAAAACUCUUUACCAAUUUCAAUUUUUUUGGUUUACAUCAUCAAAAUCAUAGUAAUUUUUUUUUUUCCUUUUUUUUGGGUUGAGCUCUUGUAUUUUUCAGCUUUCUUUUGAAUCAAAAGUUAUCUUGAGAGCGUA